AUGGCAUUCCGUCGCCCAUCCAACGGCCGAUCGCCCCUCGUCAAUCCCCAGCGUCAAAUCACUUCUUUCUUCUCCAAAUCUCCAUCAUCAACCUCCUCUACUUCCCCUCUUCUUUCUAACUCUAAACCUAAACCUAAACCUAAACCUACACCUACCACCCCGUCUCCUCCUCUAACCAAACGCACUAACAACCCUCCCCUGCUUCUUACUCCUAACCCUAUUCAUGGUCAUGAGCUAGUUGAUCGAAGGAUUAGGGUUUACUGGCCACUGGACAAGACUUGGUAUGAAGGUCGUGUCACAUCUUUUCACAAGACUUCGGGUAAGCAUUUGGUUCAGUAUGAUGAUGCUGAAGAGGAGCUUUUGGAUUUAUCCAAAGAGAAGAUCGAAUUACUCAACGACCAUCCCAAAAGGUUCCGCAGGUUGAGGCGAUUUUCCAUUCAAGACCAAGACGAUGAUGCUGGAGGACCUGGCCAGGGGAAUGUGGAUAAGAAUGCUGAAAGUGGAGGAGAUGAUUCUGCCGAUGAAGAUUGGGGAAUCCAUGUUGAAAAGGAAGUGAUUGGUGAUGAAACAGAUGAUUUAGAUUUGGUAGACGAGGAUGAGGAAAAUACUGUGGCAGUAAAACCGGACCUCAAGAAGCGCAAGAGCUCUGGAAUGAAAUUGGAUUCUGCUAAGAAGAUCAAGACCGAAUCUUUCAUGGAUUUAAGCCGGGCAAGUUUGGAGCCUAUAAACAAUAUUAAUAACAAUUUUGCAAGUGGGAAGACGUCUGCUUUUGUUGACAAUGUUCUAGUUGGUGACAAAGCUGAAAGAUUUACCACUAGAGAAGAAGAGAAAUUCAAAUUUAUUGGGAAAGACCGGAGGGAUGCCAAGAAGCGAUCCCCUGGAGACGAAAAUUAUGACCCAAGAACUCUGUACUUGCCACCUCACUUUCUGAAGAGUUUAACAGGUGGCCAGAGGCAAUGGUGGGAGUUCAAGUCGAAACAUAUGGAUAAGGUUCUGUUUUUUAAGAUGGGAAAGUUCUAUGAGCUCUUUGAAAUGGACGCCCAUGUUGGAGCAAAAGAACUUGAUUUGCAAUAUAUGAAGGGAGACCAGCCUCAUUGUGGAUUCCCAGAAAAGAACUUUGCUUUGAACGUGGGGAAGUUGGCUUGCAAGGGUUACCGUGUUCUAGUCGUUGAGCAGACAGAGACACCUGACCAGCUUGAGAGGCGUAACAAAGAGCACGGUUCUAAAGAUAAGGUUGUGAAACGUGAAAUAUGUGCAGUAAUCACCAAAGGGACAUUGACUGAUGGUGAAAUGUUGUCAGCCAAUCCCGAUGCUUCUUACCUGUUUGCAGUUUCUGAAUGCUAUCAACCAUCAGGAAAGCAACAUGAUGAUAGAGUCUAUGGCGUUUGUGUUGUUGAUGUUGCUACGGGGAAGAUCAUCAUUGGACAGUUUGAAGAUGAUUUGGAGUGCAGUGUGUUGAGCUGUCUAUUGUCUCAACUAAGACCAGUGGAAAUCAUAAAACCUAUUAAAUUGCUCAGCCCUGAAACAGAAAGAGUACUUCUGAGACAAACAAGAAGUCCUGUCGUAAAUGAGUUGGUACCGCUCGAAGAAUUUUGGGAUGCUGAGAAAACUAUCUGCGAAAUCAAGGAGAUUUAUCAGCGAAUCAGUAAUCAAUCAGUUAAAUUGUCUUUGAAUGAAUCCAUACCAUGUGCUAGUAAGGAUUGCCUACCCGAAGGUCUCUCUGAGCUAAUGGCUGCAGGAAAAAUUGGUUGCUAUGCUCUCUCGGCCCUUGGGGGUAUUCUAUUUUACCUGAAAAAGGCCUUCUUGGACGAGGCAUUGCUCCGAUUUGCAAAAUUCGAGCUACUUCCAUGUUCUGGAUCCAGUGAGUUCACGACAAAACCAUAUAUGAUUCUUGAUGCAGCUGCUUUGGAGAACCUUGAGGUUUUUGAGAACAGCGGAAGUGGAGACGCUAAAGGGACAUUGUAUGAUCAACUAAACCGUUGUGUGACUGCAUUUGGGAAGAGGUUGCUUAAAGCAUGGCUUGCUAGACCUUUAUAUCACAUAGACUCAAUCUGGGAACGCCAGGAAGCUGUAGCUGGUGUGAAGGGAGUUAAUCUGCCUCAUGCACUUGAAUUUCGUAAACAGUUGUCAAUGCUUCCAGACAUGGAGCGGUUGCUUGCACACAUCUUUUCCUGUAGCAGUGAAGCUAAUGGUAGGAAUUCGAGUAAAGUGGUUCUCUAUGAGGAUGCAGCAAAGAAACAGCUUCAGGAGUUCAUAAUGGUUCUUAGUGGCUGUGAAUUAAUUAUAAAUGCAUGCUCUUCACUAGGUGUCAUUAUGGAAAAUUCUGAUUCUAGGCUGCUGCAUCACUUACUAACACCUGGCAAAGGUCUUCCAGAUGUUUAUGCAGUCCUUAGGCAUUUCAAGGAUGCUUUUGAUUGGAUGGAGGCAAAAAAUUCAGGGCGUAUAAUCCCUCGGGAUGGUGUUGAUAAAGAAUAUGACACUGCCUGCAGUAUGGUUACAGAUAUCGAAUGGAGUCUGACAAAGCACUUGAAGGAACAGAGAAAACUACUUGGAGAUCCAUCAAUCAAUUACGUUACUGUCGGAAAGGUAUCAUAUCUGCUUGAAGUACCUGAAAGUCUGUGCGGGAAUGUCCCUUGUGAUUAUGAGCUACAAUCGUCCAAAAAGGGUUUCUCUCGUUACUGGACUCCUGCUAUUAAGAAUUAUAUUAAGAAGCUCUCAGAAGCUGAAUCUGAAAAGGAGUCCAAGUUUAAAAGCAUCAUGCAGAGGUUGAUUGGGCGCUUCUGUGAGCAUCAUGUUAGCUGGAGACAAUUGAUUUCUACAGCUGCAGAACUCGAUGUCCUCAUCAGCAUAGCAAUUGCAAGUGACCUCUAUGAAGGACCAACAUGUCGUCCCCUUAUUGUGGAUCCAUCAAUCGAGGAUGAAGCACCAUUUCUUGCUGCUAAAAAUUUAGGGCAUCCUGUGCUUCGAAAUGAUUCUCUGGGGGAUGCCACCUUUGUCUCAAAUGAUGUUUGUAUUGGUGGGUCCAAUCAUGCCAGAUUUAUCCUGCUUACUGGUCCCAACAUGGGUGGGAAGUCUACUCUUCUACGUCAAGUUUGUUUAGCAGUGAUUUUGGCCCAGGUGGGAGCAGAUGUGCCAGCAGAAAGGUUUAAGAUGUCUCCAGUUGAUCGUAUAUUUGUUCGGAUGGGUGCGAAGGACCAUAUAAUGGCAGGCCAGAGUACAUUUCUAACCGAGCUUCUGGAAACUGCAUCUAUGCUGUCAUCAGCAACCCAUAACUCACUUGUGGCAUUAGAUGAACUUGGACGAGGGACGGCAACGUCAGAUGGACAAGCUAUAGCUGCAUCUGUUCUUGAACACCUUGUCAAUAAGGUCCAGUGCCGGGGGUUGUUCUCUACUCACUAUCACCACUUAGCUUUGGACUAUCAGCGAAUUCCCAAGGUUUCCCUGUGUCACAUGGCAUGUCAAGUUGGAAAUGGAGUUGGAGGUCUAGAGGAGGUAACAUUUCUCUACAAAUUGACACUUGGUGCAUGCCCCAAAAGCUAUGGUGUCAACGUUGCGCGGCUAGCAGGACUUCCUGAUGGGGUGCUUCAAAAGGCUGCAACCAAGUCGGAAGAGUUUGAGGCGAUGUAUGGUAAGAAGAGAAAACAGUCCAAGGGCUGGGAAAAGGAGGUGGUGGUGAUCAUGCAGAGCUUAUGGAAUUGUCAUUGCGGUUCUUCAGCUGAUGCCAUAUUUGAAUUGCAGAAUAGGGCAAAGAUACUUUUGGAGCAAAAGUAAAACAACUGGCAUGCCUCUCUCUAUCUCUCUCUACACUUUCCAGUAGUAUGCUAUGCUAUGUGAGAUGAUUUUGUACAGUGGAAUGCACAAGUUUUUUAUGUUCAAAUCUGUAAUUGGUAGUUGAAAGUUGAAACAGUGCAAAUAUUGCAACCAGGGUUAGAUGGGAAUUUUGAAUUGAAAUUGCAGCAAAGCCCAUUUUUAUAAUCCACAUGUAGAUGGAGUAAUGAAUGCAAAUGUAUGUGAAUGGCAUGUUUAUUUCUCAAGCAUUAAUUAAUACUUAGACCAAUUAUGCUACUACAAUGGUUGUACCUCCAGGCCGAAUUU